AUGAAGAGUAUCGAACGGAGUUCUCUGCUGGGCCUCAGCGCACUGCUGCUGUGUGCGUGUACAGUGACAGCGCUGACCUGUGCAGGACACUGCGGACAAAAUCUGGCUUCCUGUUCCUGCCGGCCCACCUGCGUGUCCCUCCAGAGCUGCUGUGCGGACUACAGAGAGUUUUGCCCGGACACGUCGCCCUACUCCGGGACAGCGUUCGGAGGGACCGACUUCCUGGUCCUCAACGCCACGUUUACCCAGGAUUCCCAGCUCGUUUGUCGGUUUAAUGGCGAGACGGACACCGAGGGCUACGUGGACAGCGAUGGACACGGUCACUGCAUCUCCCCUUUGCUGUACGAGACAGGCUGGAUCACGUUUCAAAUAUCAGCGGACGGCGGGCUGAUGUUCGACAGACAGGGCACAUGGCUGUCAGUUCAUUCCGGAAAACUGGACGCGCGCUUUAAAGUGGCGCUGGGCAAUUCCACGCAAUGGCAGUACUACGGUACACCUGGGGUGGGCGGGGUCCUGAGCUUGUCGUGGGACCCGUCUCAGGUCAGAGCGGACACGGUCAACGUGGAGCUCUGGGGUUACAGCGAGACAGGGAAACCUUACUCAGACUCCUGGACUGGUAGCUGGCAGUACCUGUACUCCCUGGGUAGGAAGCUCCCCAACAACGGCAGCUUCGGCUUCCUGCCCCAACCUGCCGAGAAGCCCUUCUCCGACUGGGAGCUCGGGGCGAUCCGGGUCGGCGCCGCCUCUCACGCCGACGGGGCGCAGAACGUUCACGCCGUGUGGAGCGAGGACCACGCGUUGGCCUGGCACCUGGACGGAAGCUUCCGGCGAGACUCGGCCUCCUGGGCGCGGGACAAGUGCGCGUCGUGGGACGCGCUGGAGCGCAGCCUGCCCGACUUCCUCAGCGAGACGCCCGACUGCCCCUGCACGCUGGCCCAAGCCCGAGCCGACACGGGCCGCUUCCACACAGACUACGGCUGUGACAUGGAGAAGGGCAGCGUGUGCACGUACCACCCCGGCAGCGUCCACUGCGUGCGAGCCAUACAAGCGAGCCCCAUGUAUGCUGCAGGCCAGCAGUGUUGCUACGACAGCACGGGCACCCAAGUUCUAACUGCUGACUCCAUCGGGGGUAGCACCCCUGACCGGGGGCAUGACUGGGGGUCACCUCCCUACAAGCGGCCCCCCAGGGUCCCCGGAGCCUCCCACUGGGUGUACGAUGUGAUCAGCUUCUACUACUGCUGCUUGUGGUCCGACAACUGCCGCUAUUACUUCGCACACCGGCCCUCCAGCGACUGCAGGACCUACAGAGCACCUAAAGCAGGAGUUGUUUUUGGUGACCCGCACAUCAUCACAUUCGAUGGAACCACCUACACCUUCAACGGACAGGGGGAGUACUACCUCGUACGGUCGCCCAGCAACAACCUGACCAUCCAGGGCCGAACAGAACGGGUCAAGAUGGAGAACGGCACCUUGGCAAAGGCCACCAGACUGUCAUCUGUAGCCAUGAUGGAGAAGGGCUCCGACGUCAUCGAGGUACGCCUGGGAAACCGGCAGAACCACCUGGAGGUGCUAAGGAACGAGCAGGUCCUCUCCUUCUCCGAGCAGAGCUGGAUGGACCUGUCAGGUGUGUUCGUGUUCUCCCCAAUCCCCCAGAACGUGACCGUGAUGUUCCCCUCCGGUGCUGGCAUCGAAGCCCGGGGUCGGGGGGACACCCUGGCGGCCACCGUGCUCCUCCCGGCGGAGUUCUUCAAUGACACGCUUGGCCUGCUGGGACGGAUGAACGGCGACGCAGCUGAUGACCUCGUGUCCAGCGACGGACAGGUCAUCUCCUCGGAGCAGAGCAGCGCGGAGGACUUGUUCCACUUCGGAGCUGGCUGGCUCAUCUCCAACGAGACGUCCCUCUUCACGUAUGACUCCGAUCACUUGCUCGACACCUACUUCUUCGCGCCCAAGCACGACCCAGAUUUCGUGCCCGCCUUUUCCGUGGAGGACGGUCCCGAAGACCCCCUGCAGGGCCCGAUGACCGCGCUCUGCUCCGGCGAAGGCUUCGCGCUGUGCCGCUACGACACGUUGGUGUCCCGCAGCCUCGAGGUGGGCAAUGCCACGCGCGCCACGUUCCGCGCGCACGCGGCCGCGGUGGCGGAUCUGGAGCCCGUGGUCUCCUGCGGGUGGUUGGCCCCACCUAGUAAUGGCCAAAAGGAGGGAACGAGGUACCUGCAGGGGGCGGUCGUCAAGUUCUCGUGUAAUUCUGGCUACGUCCUUUCGGGGUCGGCAGAACGCACCUGUCUAGCCAACGGCCAGUGGUCUGGGGACGCUACUCAUUGCGUCCAAGAUAAUGUCCUGGGAAUCGUGCUUGGCAGUGUGUUUGGGGCCAUCACGCUGGUCACCUUGAUAGCAGCUGUCGUGCUCCACAGCAGAAGACAGGAGAGGAGAGCGGCAGAGGUGGCAGAGACAGACGAUAUUUGACCGCUGUCAAUGAAAAGCCCCAGGCCCGCCCCGGGCCCACCCCGAUGCACCCCACACCUCGCUACCAGCCGCAGCCAGGACGGAUG